UGUACCAGUAUUUAUUUACAUCUCAUUGUAUAAAGACGUGGCAAUGUCGAAAGAUUUGCAAGGAACUACCGUGGUAGUGACCGGCGGUGCGAGCGGCAUUGGGCUCGCCAUCGCCGACGCGUUCCUUCAGCACGGCGCCCACCGCGUCAUCCUCCUCGACCUCAACGCCCAGCAGGCGGACCAAGCUACCGCAACUCUAAACGCCAAGCACGGAAAUAAGGCUACGUUCAUUCUAUGCGACGUCACUAAAGACUUAGACAAAGUUACGAAGGUAAUCUUAGACAAGUACAAAACGGUAGACGUCUUGGUGAACAGUGCUGGUAUUGUAAACGAAAGGAACCCGAGGAAGGUGAUCGAAAUAAACCUAACAGCGGUCAUAGAAUGGUCAUUGAAAUACUUGGAAAUUAUGAGGACUGACCGUGGUGGGAAAGGCGGCACUAUCAUCAACAUAUCCUCGAUUUAUGGGUUUAUGGUGGAUCCAUAUUUACCUACAUAUAAAGCUUCUAAAUUUGGCGUCCUUGGUUUUACGAAGAGUAAAGGGCAUGACUAUAAUUUCAAGAAAACUGGCGUGAGAAUCUUUGCCAUCUGUCCAGGAAUUACGUCCACGAAUCUUGUCACUGAUUACAAAACUUGGGAAAUCGAGGAGAAUCAAGAGGACUUCGUAGAAAUGUUCGAUGGGAUGCCGUGGCAGGAUGCGGUCAGGGUGGGACAGGGGGCUGCAGACGUGUUUCAGAAGGCUGAUAGUGGAACAGCGUGGUUGAUACAAGGCGAAGAAUCCAUUUCUCAAGUAUAAAGUUGAUUUUCGACG